CUUCAACUACAGAGGCUUGACGUCGUUGCCGCUCUGAUGCCCAACUUUUAUCCAGGGUCUCAGGAACGGUUCUUAAUUAAAUGUGUCUGUUAUUUGACUAAAAGUUAAGAGUGACAAGUCCUUCAAAUUUCCUCAGUGGUGAAGACGUUAUUACAGGUAAAGAUUACACGUUUAUUUUCUGUAAAUAUUUGUGUUGCGCCACAGCUCCAGUUGUUACGUAUACUUGCGCAUUUUAAGAGGGUACACGGAAACCUGGGACCUUUUCUAGUGCGUAUCACGCAGACCACACCACUGAUCUGGAGAGACAGCAGAGGGAGGUGAAUGGAGGAGAGCCGGGGCCCUUCUCUGACUGUCUCUGCCGUCACUCUGCUGCUGCUGGCCCCGAGACUCACAGCCCAAUGUCAGGCUGCAGAGUGGGCUUCUGUCUGAGCGAUAAGAAACGCAGGAGGAUGAACCUGGACGCUUUUGUGGAGUACUGUGCGUAAGUUUAUGCUGGUUUUUGACUUUUAUAUUCAUUUGAAUCUUAUCCGGCUUCCCUUGGGGUCUCACUGGGGCCCUUAGAAGAGCUGAAUGGGGCCUUAUGGCAUGUUGAUUUCACCUUUUAAAUGCAGGGAUAUAUAUCACUGCAAGGGAACAUUAAGGACUAACAGGGCAUUUAAUAACAGCUGACACCAUUAUGAAAUGACUUAAUUGUGUUAGUUACUGUUAGCCCUGCCUUGCAUCAACUGAUUGCCGUGCAGUUAUCACCUCAAAAAUAUUAACAUGUCAGUGUUUAUUCCUGCAGGGGGCAUGGAUUGGAGGUUGUGGAGGUAAAUGUUUUUAUUUUAAUUCUCAUGUAUGAAACUAACCUGAGACUAAAAUGAAGCUGGGAGAAAAAAAACAGUGUGUAAAAUUAAGGAGCUGUGUGCACGCAAGACUGUUAAACAUCCAAUUUCUUCAGUGGUUGUCAAUGCAAGAAUGCUCCAAAUCUAAAGACAUGCACAAACACGCAUUUUAAGGGUUUAUCUGUAACAUUUUAAGUGUCACUUCGGUUAAGAUAGUUCAGAAAUGCUCUGUAUUCACACACAUGCACACACAUCCUCAUAUAUGUCAUGGACAGAUGUCACAACUUUGGUAAUCCAUGUCAGAGCCACCUGCAGCCGCCUACUGCAACCAGCUUGUGGCAGAUCUGUGAACAAUGGCUGUAGAGGUUCAAAUAUCUGACCACAUGAAUAUCUUAACAGAUGCAUAAGGGAGGAUUGUUUUUGACUAAUCAUAAUUUCACCUUCAUUUACCUAUAUUAUAUGUGCAUGCACAAAUAUCAUUUACUAUAAUCAAUAAACAGUGGACUGAUAAAAUUGGUGCAGUAGCCUGUAGGAUCCUCCGUACUGUGUGCUAUCACACUAACCUGCUGCUCUCUGAGACAUUUGUUUCUACGGCUUCAGUAUGUUGCAUUGUGGUGGUGUAAAUUUCAAGGAUGAAGUCCAAGUUCAAAUCUCUGAGUUUUACUGACUUUUUGAGACACAUGCCCUGCAGACUUUUGAUCUCUUGCUGUAUUUUCAUGGAUUUAGUCCUGAACUGACUUUAGGGCUAGAACAUGUUAGACCAAUUGCAACCAAAUGACUCUCCAGGUGUAUUAAAUGCUGCAGCAGAUGUGCUGUUAACAGAGACUAGAUAGCUCAGAGCUAUCAACACUCACACUAGUAUAUGGAAAUAUUAAGCCAUAUCUAGCUGCCAGGUUCAGGAUUGAAAUGCCCCCUUGCUCACCCCUCUCAUAGUUGAGGCUAUGGUGGCCUGUGAGGACAAGAAGCUCCUGUGCUGCAAGAUAAGUAUGAUCCUUUGUUUGACAAGUUUUUACCAACAAAAGCAUCUAUCAGCCUUUCAACUUCAAAGGGAUUUUUGCUGAUUAUUCCAUGCAAAAAAAAUCCCUCACACUCGUUCUUUGCAAACGUCACUCCAAGUAUGAUACAGCACCUUCGUAGUGAUUCACUGACAUACAUUACCAAACCUUACCCCGUAAAAUGUUGUGUGCAAAGCUCCUCUGCAUGGAUGUAAGAGUAUUUUUUACUUUGUCAGAUUGACCUCACUCAGCCACUGGAGACUCAGGGACCCUUCAAUGUCAUUGUUCACAAACUCUCUGAUGUCAUUGUGGAGGCUCAGCAUGACAGCAAAUCACAGCAGCUCCUGGCCAACUUCCAGGUAAAGCCAAAAAGCUAAAACAGAACUUAAAAGAUCAUCAUUUUCCACUUGGAUUUCAGAGAACUGAGAACUGAGUGGUUGUGUGAAUUACAACACAGCUUAGAUAUUAACACAUCUCUUUUUUCUAAUAAUGUGCUGUUUUGUCCCUUUUGGCACACGGUAGUUAAGCUGUUUCAUGGUCAUCCUGCCUGUCACUGCUAAUGUGAAUAAAAGAGGAUAUUUGUUCUUUUUAAAUGGCAGAUUUCCCUAAAAAAAAUUGUGUCCAAAAAUAUCAGACAAGUACUUUGAGUUUGAGCUGCUCCUUCAGGACAUCUGCAGGUUGGCAUUUCGUGAUCAGUCAUGUUCCCUAAUGUCCUGAGGAACAAUCAUUUCACUCAUAUUAGACUGUAUAAAUCAGAGAAAGCACCCUCACUGGAACUCCUGAAAAAUGCAGACGCUGCUAUCAUUAACCAGAAGUCUUUGGAUGUUAGUGACUGACAUGACAUUUGAUACAGUAUAAACAUUUUAAAACGUGAUAAGUGAUCAAGUGUCUGAGUAUUUCUAACGUCUUUAUGGUUGGUGAUUUCUUUCUUUGUGGCUUUGCAGAGCUAUGUAUCAGCUCAUCCCAGUACAGUCCUUCUGGACCCGCUACCCGCUAUGACCCAGCUUCUGGAUCGCUUUGCGUCCUAUCGGAUCAUGAGCAAGUUGCGUAACUCACUCCGAGGUGAUCUGCAGCCUCAUGAAGUGUAAUGUAACUCACCUUUUUCCACAUUAACUAACAUCCUUGCUUUCUCACUCUUCAUCAGACUGGCAUAUCUGCAGUCCUCCAUACCUGGAGAUCCACAGCAGCAGUGACCUGUCGACCCUUCAGCAGGCUGUAACCACCCAGGACCUCAGCUUUCCUCUCAGUCAGUUUAUCCAUUUACUUUCAAUCUUUAUUUUCAGCCUUUAUAAGAUCCAAACAUUCAGAUUGACCUUCUUCUCCUCUGUUGACCCCAGUCUGUAAAACCAGAGUGGCACAUGGCUCGCUCUCCCAUGAGGUGAGCGGUCUGAUUGAGCUCUUCUUGUGCAGCUAUUACUGCUUCUUUGCUCUCUCUGUGUUUAACGUCUCUGCGUGAUGUUUGCAGAUGUCUCUGAUCUUUAGCGCUGGCAGUCUAGCAGAUGUCCAUCCUCCCUGUGUGCUGCAGAGGUUUGUCAACCAUGGCGCCAUCCUGCACAAGGUGUUUGUGGUUGGAGACAGACACUUCUGUGUGGAGAGACCUUCACUCAAGAACUUCCCCUCUGGUCCCUCUGGUUAGUUCCUGUGUUACCUUUGUUUCCUUUUCUUUCCUUCCCUUUCUUUUCAAUUCAUUUCAUUUCCUACCAUGUUCUUCCAGGUUUAAUCUAAAUCUUAAAUGUCUCUUAUUUAACCAGUUUCCUUCCUUCCUUUGUCUUAUCUUUUACUGCAAAAUCUCAAACUUUAGCAAGUCAAUUUCUCUUUUUUUCUAGCAAGAAUAUCUUACUAGGCUUAAUUUCAGUUACAUGCAGCCAAAAAGUCCAAAAAUGUCUCAUUUUCAGAUGAUUUACUCCAAAAUUAAGACCUGAAAGCAGUGUAAUGUGUAAAGUACUGAUCUGCAAGGGGAAUAAGAGCAAAUUUAGUCGUCAAGGUCUUGAAAUUUUUCUUAUUUCACUGGCAGAUUUAUAUGGAGGCAAUUCAGGUCUCACUUUUGUUGUAAAAUAUCCUGAAAUUAGAGAUUUACCUGGGCUUUUCAAGUGAGUGUCUUAUAUUGAGCCGCAUACAUCUUUGUAGAAACAAGCCAAAAACAAGGAUUUUUGUUUUUUGUCCCUUUUGUUUUGUCCUCUCCACUAUAUUCUUGUCCUGUCAUGUGUCGCUAUUCCUUUCUCUUUGCUUUUCUGUCCUUUAUAUGAGUCUUUCCUUGAUAUUUCCUUAUAUUCUUAUAAAACACCUUUCUCUGUCCUUUUUUUUGUUCAGUCAUUUCAUGUCCUGCCUUAUCUUUUUCUUGUCUGUCAUCUUUUAACAUUUUAACAUCAUUUUUGUCUGUCCCUCUUUUUCUUUCAUUAUCAAAUGUAAUUCAUCUUUAUUUUGCGCCUUGUUUUCUUUCAUCCUCUCUUACUAUUUUUUUCUCUUCGCUCUCAGACAGAGAGACAAUCUUCUUCAACAGCCAUCAGGUGUCCAAACCAGAGUCCAACUCUGAUCUCACUGAAGUAAGUCACACAUGUAUGUGUGCGACCAGCUGAAAUGAGCAACAUUACAGCUGGAGCAGAAAUCUAAACGUGACAUUUUCCUUCCUCCUCCUCCUGAAGCUGGAUGAGCAGAUGCCAAGCCUGCCUCCUCCCAGCACUGAAGCUGUGGCAGCUCUGGUCAGAGAGCUCCGACUUCAGCUUGGCAUGGCACUUUUCGGAGUGGACGUCAUCAUCAAUAUUAACACACACACCCUCACUGUCAUUGACAUCAACAUCUUUCCAAGUACAGCAGCCCUACACACACACACACACACACACACACACACACACACACACACACACACGCGCGCACACACACUAAGUGAUGUUCUGAUUCAUGUCUGUUCUCUCUCAGGUUACGAGGGCGUGCCACAGUUCUUCUCGUCUCUCCUCGACCACAUCCAGUCAGUGCUGGACAAACAGACCCCUCCUGAGUCGACAACAAAGACAACAACGUCUGCGACUUCCAGUCCGUCAGUUUCCUCAGAAUCAGACUAUUCUGUCUCAUCUUCUUCACUGCACAAAUAAAGCGCUCAGGAUUUACUGGGUUCAAUAUAACUUAGGUUCACCUGUACAGAGUUCAUAUUUACGGUUUGUGCCAUAAAUUAAUCUUACAAAAACCACACUAGCUUUUGAACCUGAAGGUAUUCUGCUCCUGUGUCUAAUGAACAUACUUGUCCGACCAAAUAUUCCAGUUUAAUACAGUUUCCUUUUAUUUGAUUAACAGGUAGUAGAAGAUACAGCAGGCACAAAAUACAGCACUCUGAUUGGACAGUAAUAUUAACAAAUGAUGUUGCUAUCCUGUUGUUUGAAAAGUCUUCUGUCACAUAAUUACACCCCCCCCCCCCCCAUACAGACGUUUUCUGCUUCUUUCUUGCUGGUUUGUUAGUGACAUUGUUAUAAAAAAAAACAUCUUGAACUUCUACAGAAAAGAAAACAACAGGACUUUAACUUCUUUAACACAAUCCUGAAAAGUACGGGAUGAGGUGUAUACUGCUGUUUAAACAUUGUUUGAAGGUUUGCAAAUCAAUAAAACCACAUAUUUAGUUGUUAAUACUGCAUACUGUCAUAUUUUUGUCAUAAUGCUCCAAAUGUACGCAGGCCAGUUUAGCAGCAGGAUUCCUCUACUACAGAGCUAUGCUGUUGACUGUGGUUUGUCAUUGUCUUGCUUAGAUGUGAAGGUCUUCCCAGAAAAAAAAGUCAUUGUCUGGAUGUCAGCAGAUGUUGUUCCAAAACCUGUUUCCCAUAUAAUAAAGACUAGACGAUUUGCAAACCAAAAAAGUCAGUUUUAUCAACAGCUAACAUGGCGUCUCAACAUUUUUGGACUUGGGUUGUGUUUUCUGAACAGAUCCCUAUUUGGAAUAGACAGUAAUGAGCGUUUUUACUUCCUGUUUACAUCAGCUGAUCUGGAUGUGUUGCCUCUGUCUCAGCUGUGUAGAAAAAGAGAUUUGACCUGUUCAGUGUAUGAUAGGAUGACAUAUUAAAAUACAUAAAAUAAGUUAUUAUUUGGCUAAUUAUUGCAUUCAGGUGUGCUUUAGUCUUUAUAACCUUAUUGCAUUACAUUGGCCUCCAGUGGUAAACCCUGUUUUUUCCCGCACUAUAUGCAUUUCUACUCAAAGUCCUCCUGGGGGCGCUGUUGCCUCAUAUAUUUAAUGACCUUGGCUUGCAGACUAUGUUAUCAUAUAUACAAAAAACGGCAUGACAGCCAUGAAACUGUGAUGUAACAAUACUGAGCAUUUAUGCAUGUAGCUGUUACCAAAAAGACGACAAAAUGGCUUUAGUGUCCCUCUCCUCCUUGGCUUGUUAAGAUAAGAGUGCAAAGCUGGCUGAGAACCUGGAGUGACACUUUUAGACCUUGUAAGCUCUAAGUACAUCACAUCCUGUCACCAAAGACACAGACCAUGCUCAGGACAAACUGCAGAAUCUAUCACUGGUGUCAUUGUGCAGGAUUUCUACCCCUGAUGAGCUUCAUCUGUUUACUUCAUGUCACUCCAGUUCUCCACAAACAGUCUGGUUUUAACAGUGCGUGAGCCAAAAUGAAACACAAUACCUGUUUCUACAUUUCAAGGAAAUUAUGACUGACUCCUCUGUAGAAAUAUCAGUAGUACAUAUUAACAGUCAGAACAGCAGGAACAGCUGACACAUAAUUAUUGCACAUAAUAAACAUUAAAACACAUUUAACUUCUAUUAGACUGAGAGCUUCUGUUCCCAUAACGAACACACCUUUGAGGAUGAUACCUGCAGAAAAACAAGCUCUGAUGCGAGUAUCCAAACUCAAAGGUGAUGAUGUUGGUGUGUUGCAGUCAAAAAUACAGAGUUUUGAACACUUUACAUCCAUGGCGGUUUAUAACUAGAGUACAAUCACCUGUCUACCUCACUAACACCAUUUACAGGGACUGAUACCAUGACUCAUCAGAUUCUCCUUUACCUCAACACUUAGCUGCAUUUAAACGAGUGCUGCAGAAACGGUUCAGUCUUCCUCCCAGAAUGGAAACACCAGGUUUUUCCUAAUGUUUCUACUAAAGAUAUUUCUGAGUGCUGAGGGGAUGUGAAGGCUGUUAAAUGGAAAAUGUGUGAGCUGAAUGUGUGAUUGUGAAUGCAACAAAGGGUUUAGUCAGUCUGUUCUGUGUGUGUGUGCGUGUGUGUGUGUGUGUUUGCGUUUGUGUGUCUUAUCCUCGGCGAAGCUCCCUCAGCUCUGCAGCAACUUUGCGCAACUCUGCCUCAAUCUCCAGCAGCUCCU